AUGGACUUCAAGGCCGAGCACGAGGAGAUGGACCAUCUCGAAGAGAACACUGAGCACAAUGCGCGUCUCACGAGGACAGUUUUGUUCAAGACAGAUACGCGGACGAAUGUCGGCAACGCGAAAAUCAUCGGCAUGGAGAAAGAUCUAGGUCUCACCAACCUACAGUACUCCCAGGGUCUGGCCGUCUUCUACGCCACCUACGUCUUCAGCGAGCUACCCAGUAAUCUGGUCCUCAAGAAGGUAUCGCCUAGGAUCUGGCUGCCCACUCUGACAGUCGUAUGGGGAAUCAUCACCAUGUGUCUGGGCUUUGUGCGCAACUUCGCCAGUUUUGCAGCUGUGCGAGCCUUGCUAGGUGUCGCAGAAGGUGGUCUCCUACCUGGAAUGGUUCUCUAUCUUUCGAGCAUAUACACACGUGGUGAGCUGGCGUUGCGAAUUGGUAUAUUUUACACGGCGGCCUCGCUUUCCGGAGCUUUCGGAGGCCUGCUUGCUCGCGGACUUGCUGCCAUCGGCCCUCGAGGCGACCUGGAAGGUUGGCGAUGGAUCUUGAUCAUUGAAGGCCUCAUGACCGUUGCCGCUGGGUCAAUCGUGUUCUUUACUUUGCCAAACAAUCUCACGACAGCACGGUAUUUCACACCGGAGGAGAGAGAAUGGGCCGUGAAGCGUUUGGAACAAGAUCGCGGCACAACCGUGACAUCAGAGAUAGACGAAAAGUUUAGCUGGGGCGAAGUUCGUCGUGGCGUCUUUAAUGUGCAAGUAUGGCUCACAUCGACUGCCUACUUCGCCAUUCUAUCCGGCCUGUACUCAUUCGGUCUCUUCCUCCCAACCAUUGUCAAUGAUCUUCAUAUUGCAUCGAGCCCCAACCAAGCUCAGCUAUGGAGUGUAAUUCCGUACGCUGUUGCUACCCCAGUCACCGUUCUCGUUGCGUUCAUAUCCGAUCGAUCGAAAGUUCGUGGUCUCAUCAUACUCGUCGUUCUGCCUAUCGCUAUAAUCGGCUAUGCCGUGAUCGGGAGCGUGCAGGCGGCCAACACUCGCUUCGCGAUGACCUGCUUGAUGGCCCUGGGCAUGUACGCUUCUGUCCCAUGUAUCUUGGUUUGGAACUCCAACAACUCGGCUGGACACUACAAGAGAGCGACAACUUCUGCCUUGCAGCUGGCUGUCGCAAACUGCGGUGGCUUUGUUGCCAGUUUCGUUUAUCCUUCAAAGGAUGGCCCGCUAUACCAUAGAGGACAUAGAGUAAUUUUAGGGUUGCUAUGCUAUGCUUGGGUCGCUGUAUUGCUCAAUGUACUUUGGUGUGCAAAGACCAACCGGGAUAAGAAAAACGGGAAGCAUAACCAAUAUACUGGUUUUGGAGAUGAUCGAGACCCAGAGUUCAAAAUGGUUAUGUAG